AUGGGUUUUAUGCUGAAGCCUCCGCCAGACACUGCUGGUAAGGCAUGGCCUGCCAUUGUAAUCGGUCUCUUCGUCGCGUUUGGUGGUGUUCUCUUCGGAUAUGAUACAGGCACAAUUUCUGGCAUCAUUGCCAUGGACUAUUGGAAGAAGGAGUUCUCCACUGAGCCAGACCUCAGCAUCACAGCUGCGCAAGAUUCCCUGAUCGUGUCAAUUCUCUCAGCUGGUACCUUUUUCGGCGCUUUGACGGCUGCACCCUUCGGCGAUCUGCUUGGCCGACGUCUUGGAUUGAUGGUUUCAGCCGGCGCCGUUUUCAACCUUGGAGUUAUUCUACAGACGGCUGCGACAGCGCAACCGCUGUUCAUUGCCGGUCGUUUCUUCGCCGGUUAUGGUGUCGGUCUCAUCUCAGCUCUGAUUCCUAUGUACCAGAGUGAGACUGCGCCAAAAUGGAUUCGAGGAACGAUUGUCGGAGCUUACCAGCUUGCUAUCACGAUCGGAUUACUACUCGCUGCUAUUGUGAACAAUUCGACCAAGGAUCGUCAAGAUUCUGGAUCAUACCGCAUUCCUAUUGCGGUACAAUUCCUCUGGUCUAUCAUUCUUGUUGGCGGACUUUUCUUCCUGCCCGAGACACCGAGAUAUCUCAUCAAGAUGGACAAAUACGAGCAGGCUGCAAGCAGUCUUGGCAAGCUUCGUCGCUUGCCAGUCGACCAUCCAGCUAUCGUUGAGGAAUUGGGCGAGGUUCAAGCGAACCAUCUCUACGAGAUGUCGUUGGGCAAGUCUACGUAUGCCGACUGCUUCAAGGGAACACUUGGCAAGCGUCUCGCGACUGGAUGUCUGCUCCAGGCGCUACAACAGCUUACUGGUGUAAACUUCAUCUUCUACUAUGGAACACAAUACUUCCAGAACGCUGGCUUCCGCGACCCCUUCAUCAUCCAGGUCAUCACCAACUGCGUCAACGUCGCAUCUACAUUCCCCGGUCUCUACAUGGUUGAGCGCCUCGGACGACGUAACCUUCUUCUUCUCGGAGCGAUCGGCAUGUGUGUAUGCCAGUACAUCGUCGCUAUCACAGGAACAGUAGCCGGAACCUCCGAUCUCGCCGCUCAACGAGCUGCUAUCGCCUUCGUGUGCAUCUAUAUCUUCUUCUUCGCCAGCUCUUGGGGUCCUGUUGCUUGGGUCGUGACUGGAGAACUAUACCCCCUCAAGGCACGCGCCAAGUGUCUCUCGAUGACCACCGCGAGUAACUGGUUGCUCAACUGGGCGAUCGCCUACUCAACCCCCUACAUGGUCGACGAAGACCACGCCAACCUCCAAUCAAAGGUCUUCUUUGUCUGGGGCUCCUUCUGUUUCGUCUGCAUCGCUUUCGUCUGGUUCAUGAUCUACGAGACCAAAGGUCUUACUCUCGAACAAGUCGACGAGCUCUACGGUAUCAUCGGCAAAGCGUGGAAGAGCAAGGAGUUCCGCCCUGCGGUUCAGUUCGCGGAGAUGGAUCCUAAGACUGGGCGUAGUAUGAGUCUGAGCGAGGUGGCGCAGAACCAGGAGAGGAAGAGGAGCGUGCAGCACGAUGAGGCGGUUGUCCCGCCCAAGGUUGAGAUCUAG